AUGCCACCCAAAGUACAGAAACCCCAGAACUGGACGUUCACACUGAUCCAUGCGACAAUCUCCGAGAGACGCCACCGUGAGAAAGACUGGUUAUGCACCUCCAGCGUCGAAAAUGCCGUCCUAAACUUGAAACAGGAGAUACUUCUCGCAGAUGCUAUGGGAUCCCGAGGCAAUGCCAACAGAGAACCAAACCAUGUUCUCAUUGUGCCGAGACAGGGGGCGCAGGCUCUCAAGCUCGGUCUUGGAAGUCGAGAUGGAGCUAUUCCAAGAGACGCCGACUACAUGCUGGGCUACUGCCCCGGGGCCAAUAUCUUGGUCAUUAGAGAGAGCCUUCGUAGCGUCGAUCAACAGAUCCGUCUAAGAUUCAAAAGCCAGAGUGAUAAAGACCAAGUACUAGGCCUUUUUCAAAGUCUCGGCUUUCAGGCCAGACCGAUGCAAUCAUCUCGUCGCCAGCCCACUCCACUGCAGCAAUUUCGGUCAUCCUCGGUUGCAGGCGACUUUCAAACUUCUGCUGCGACCCAGCCCUACUCCUCGAGGCAUAAUGCAAGUGCGAUACGACAAGAAUACCGAGGUCGGCUGGGGUCGCCUCCGGGGACACAAUUUCCUUCGGAAGGAAGCCACUCGAUACCUCGAGCCAGCAGUGUAGCUGUGCAGAUGUACCGGCCUUUAACGUCCGUCAGUCAACGCGCAGGGUCUGUUCACCAGUCUUCAAAUGGAUUUGAAAAACCUUACAACUUCAGCCGAUCUCGCACUGCAUUCACAGAGAUGCCGAAUGAAUACGCAUCGCAAACAGCUCCGUCGAAUACAGAGUACAGGUUCGCGGUCUCUACACCUUCUACAUUUGCCCAACGACGGCCAUCAGUACGCCCACCGCCAGCUUCGCAAGACUUCCGUCAUUGGAAUCUCAGCCCAUCAACCGAUGAAGUCACUUUCGCCAAGUAUGACGAACGAACAAUAAGACCUAGUUCUAGCACCCAGAUUCAAGACAUGCUUCCUCCCCGCCGUCAGCUUCCAUUCUCAGUCGGAAGUAGGGCAGAGAAAGAGGCCCCUGAAAUGGGUAUUACGCAAAUGGGUACCACGCACCCAGGGACUCCAGAGCCCAACCAAGACUCCCAGGGUGUGAUUAAACAGGGAAAAAUCCUCAGACCUCAUACAUCGGAAAUCGAACCCGCUAAAGUCCAAGGAUCGGCGGAGCGAGGCAACGGAGCUCAGACGACCAGGAUCAACUUCGUCAAGAGAAAAGAAGCUGGUAUGAUCGACAAUCCAUCUUACAAGAAGCAAAAGUGUUCUUCCCAGACGACGUUGAUUUCCACAUCACCGAUCCCGCUGCCAGCCAUUUCGUCUGCUCAUUUCCAACGCAGAACACUGUCACGGGCUCCAGGCCUGGCUACCAGGCAUGAACAACAGCCAUCGUCAGAUGCUAUUGAGAAUGAUGGUAUCAAAGUGGUAAAAGAUGCGGUUGAUUCUGCAUCGGUGAACAAAGCGCAAUCUGCAGAAACUGAUGUUGUGAGACACGCCCAAGGUACAAUUGGCAGAGGGUCGUCUAGUGUGGAUGCGCCUCCGACGAUGUCGGUGGAAGGAGUCGACCAGGCUCCACCAAUCCGUGCCAUGGUACCAGUACAGUAUACAGAUAGAGUCGACGCCAGCCUCGAUUCGCCACGGCCGGUAUUGACGAAUAUGGACCAUGGCACACAGACUGAGCCUAUUCCCUCUGGCUCCUCGGAAAAGACGGAAGAACUUUUCAUCGCAAGAUUCAAAUUGAUGUGGGACAUCAGAAACUUACACCAAACAUCUUUUCAUCGUUUGCUCGACACUUCCAAGCCAAAUCAUCGCAUAGACGAAAAUAGAAUUUUGGAAGAUUUGGAGCAAGGUGCUAUCGAUCUCUGCCAGGUCGCGAUUGACCGCUACGGUCCUGAAGUGGGUGACAUACCGUAUGAGAAGCUCCUGAAAGCUAUCAUGGGUCCGAGAUACUGA